UUUCCUCUGCAAAACAUUUCCCAAGUUGUUAACUAUUUCUCAUCAAUCCACAAUAUCUUGUGUGGGUUUAAUUCCUCUCUUCUUGCUUGUUUAUCUUCUUUGAGUUACGCUUUCUUCCUUUAGAGUUGAAAAUUUGGAAUACAGACAAAUCUAAAUCCCUUUUCUCCAUAUCUUCAUUAUCUCUCUCUCUCUCUCUCUCUCUUUUUGGCUCUUCUUUCAUCAAUUUAUAUAUUAAAGAGCUUUACGGUCUCUUUAUUGUUCUUAUCUCUUAAAGGAAGGUUGAAACAAAUCUAUUCUUUUUUGGGUUUUUAUUUAAAUAAUAUGGACAGUGUAAAGAGUACGAACUUGCAAAAAAACAUGAUUCUAAAGGCAUGGGCAAGAUGUAAAUCUUUGGGUUCUAGAGGCAACAGAAAAUGUGCAAGAAAUGUGUGCAAUUCUUUAACAAACAGCAGGUCAUGGCACUGCACUACUACCAGAUCAUCAUCAAGAGAAGAAGACAGUAUCAAGAAGCGAAAGAAGAAGGUUCAAGUAGCUCCACAAGGCUGUUUUUCAGUGUAUGUAGGACAAGAGCAACAAAGGUUUGUGAUGAAGACAGAGUUUGCGAAUCAUCCAUUGUUUAAGGUGUUGCUUGAAGAUGCUGAAUUGGAAUAUGGGUUCAAUAGCGAAGGUCCUUUAUUACUUCCUUGUGAUGUUGAUUUGUUUUGUAAAGUUCUAGCAGAGAUGGAUAGUGGAGAAGAGAUCAGUACCACACCCAGCUGGAGUAGUUCUCUAUUAGUCCUAUGCAGUCCUUCAUGUUACACCACUAACAAGAGAUCUGGUGCGUAUAGGCUUCUCAGUCCAUCCAAGAUGUUAAAGUUGAAUCGAACAUGACUCCGUGUUCAAGACCCAAAUAUUCUUUGCGUGAUUUUAUAGGUAUAUAAUGUCCAUGAAAUGUAACUAUAAAUGUAACUAUAGUAUGUUUUUGUUUUCAGUUUUGGUUAUGGAUCUACAGUAACUAGAAAUACAAGUUUUUAUGAUUUUGCGAUA